GUCUUUACUUUAAUUGUCCUUGUGCGGCUACCGUACGUCCCAAGCCAAACCCACGUGGUUAAUCAAAACAUCAUGGCGGCUGGGUUCAAAACUGCUGAGCCUCUGGAAUACCACCGAAGUUUUCUGAAAGAAAACUGCCGGCCUGAUGGAAGGGAACUGGUCGAAUUCCGAACCACGACACUGAACAUUGGAUCCAUUUCCACAGCAGAAGGCUCUGCCCUGGUUAAGAUUGGAAACACCACAGUCAUCUGUGGAAUCAAAAUGGAGCUUGCCAACCCGUCGGUCGAGGCCCCUAACAAAGGUUACAUUGUGCCCAACGUGGACCUGCCUCCGCUGUGUUCGUCUGGCUUCAGGCCCGGCGCUCCGGGGGAGCAGGCCCAGGCUGCCAGCCAGUUCAUGGCUGACAUCAUUGAAAGCUCUGAGGUGGUGAAGACCGAGGACCUGUGCAUAGAGCGAGGAAAGCUGUGCUGGGUGCUGUACUGUGACCUUAUGUGUCUCGACUACGACGGCAACCUGUUGGACACUUGCACAAUCGCCCUACUCGCUGCGCUCAAGAAUGCACAACUUCCAGAGGUCACAGUGAAUGCAGAGACCAGUCUGCCGGAGGUGGAUUUAAAGAAGAGGAAGCCGCUGCAGAUUCACCGGCACCCGGUAGCCUCCUCCUUCUGCGUGUUUGACAACUCCAUUCUGAUCGUGGACCCCACGGGCGAGGAGGAGAGACUGUCCACAGCUCAACUCACCGUGGUCACGGACGAAGACGGGCGACUCUGCUCGGUCCACAAACCAGGUGGGACGUCGCUCUCCGGGGAAAGGCUGCAGGAGUGCAUCAGCCGAGCGCAGGUGCGCCACAGAGAGAUCCGGAAGCUCAUCGAUAAGGUCGCCCAAAGCGUCACGUCGGGAAAAUAAAGAAUCACAAAGCAAGUCUUUUUCUUUUUUUUUGUAUCUAAAACUUGUAUUUUUCAACUGUCAAUAUAUAUUCAUUUUUUUCUCCAUAACAAUAAAACUGCUGACAAAGA